UAGUAUCACGUGACAGGGGGCAGGGUUGCAGGAAGUAAUACAAACCAGCAAGUUAUUUCCACAUUUCUUCAAUCUUACUUCAAAAGAUCAUGUGGAAGGCUCAAGCAGGCAUUAAUGUCCCUUUAGGCGGUGAUAACGCUGAAGACGAUGAUUGGGAAACUGAUCCUGACUUCGUGAAUGAUGUAUCUGAGGAAGAACAGAGAUGGGGUGCUAAAACAAUUGAAGGAUCUGGUCAUCAAGAGUCCUUGAACCUAAAUCAUCUUAUGGCUAUGGUGGAAAGUUUGGUGUAGAAAAGGACAGACAAGACAAGAGUACAGUUGGCUAUGACUAUGAAGCAAAGCUAUCCAAACAUAAUUCUCAAAAGGAUUAUGCAACUGGGUUUGGUGGAAAAUAUGGAGUACAGAAAGAUAGGGUUGACAAGUCUGCAGUUGGCUAUGAUUAUGAAGGCAAAACAAAAGCACAUGACUCCACAAAAGAUUAUUCCAAAGGUUUUGGAGGCAAGUUUGGCGUACAGAAAGAUCACCAAGAUAAGUCUGCUGCUGGAUGGGAUUAUGAAGGCAAAACAGAGGCUCAUGAAUCCACUAAAGAUCAUUCCAAGGGAUUUGGGGGCAAGUAUGGUGUACAGAAAGAUAGAGUGGACAAGUCUGCUGAGGGCUUUGAAUACCAAGGCAAAACAGAAGCACAUGAAUCCACUAAAGAUUUUUCAAAAGGUUUUGGAGGGAAAUAUGGUGUUCAGAAAGACAGAGUUGAUAAGUCUGCUGUAGGAUGGGAGUAUGAAGGCAAGACAGAGGCUCAUGAUUCAACCAAAGAUUUUUCAAAAGGAUUCGGAGGAAAGUUUGGUGUACAAAAAGACAGAGUUGACAAGUCUGCUGUGGGAUGGGAAUAUGAAGGAAAAACAGAUGCGCAUGAGUCACAGAAAGAUUACGCUAAGGGGUUCGGUGGCAAGUAUGGAGUCCAAAAGGAUCGUAUGGACAAGUCUGCUGGUGGUUAUGAAGACAUGCAAGAAGUCAAAUCAGAGUACCACACAGCCAAACCUCGUACAGAYUCUGGUUCAGCUGGAAAUCUGAGAGCAAGGUUCGAGAACAUGGCGAAGCAAGAAGAAGAGGAGGCAAGACGCAAAGCAGAAGAAGAAAAAGAACGGCGUAGAGCCAAAGAAGAACGUGAAAAAGAAGCCUCCAAGAAAAGACAGGAAAGGGAAGCAGCUAGGGAAAAGGAAGAAAAUGAGGAGGAGGAAAGGCGUAGAGAAGAAGAGGAAGCCCAACGUGAAGCAGACGAAGCUGAGAGGGAAGCAGAAGAAGCCCGAAGGAGAGAAGCUGAAGAAGCAGAAAGACAAGAACAAGAAAGGAGAUAUGCUGAAGAAGACGCUGAAGCCUUGUAUGACACUGCUUCACCAGCAAAACCCGAAAACCAAGAGGAUGAGCCCCAGGCUGAGGUUUCCUCUGGUGACUAUGGUGUUGUUGCUACUGCUCUCUACGAUUACGAAGCCACUGGUGAAGACGAAAUCACUUUCGACCCCGGUGACAUCAUCACUAACAUCGAAGUGAUUGAUGAGGGAUGGUGGAGUGGUACAUGCAAUGGUCAGUCUGGCCUGUUUCCCGCCAAUUACGUUGAGGUGAAUGAGUAACAGCCGAACACUUUUAGUACAUGCACGGCAUUUUUACCGMCGCAAGUCCAUGUCAGUAUACAGAAGAGGAUUUGGAAGAAGCAAUCCAUAACUAUUUGAUUAUCAAUUAAAUAUGCUUUUYUAAGAAAAAUAAAUAAUGCGCUGUUUGAAAAACUCUUUAAGCAAUUAAUAGUCAAGAGAUUGUAACUGGAUAGCAAAAAAAUGAUUAUAUACGUAUAUUUUUUCUGCUUAUUUUUUAUUCAAUUGACAACUAUUAGCCAUUUUAAUAUUCCUCGUCCUUCCUCUGAAAGGUAACUAAGGGGAAAAACCACAAGUAUUUUGCUGAAGAUUAAUUAGACGAUUUUGUAAAUUAUGCACAUUAUAUGCAUGAUAUUUGAAGCUGUAUGACAAGUCAAUACAGUAAAUCUCUUGAUGUUCUUAUAAUGCRCUCAUAAGCAAUAUAAAGAAGCAGCAUGAUAUGAUCUCGUUUAGUUUUCUCACUGAUUAUUACCAAUAAAUCAAAACAUCAUGGAGUGAUURUGAAAAAGGCGAAUGUGCAAAACCUUUUCUUGGUGAUGUCUUUAUUAAUUUUUUUUUUUUAAUACGCUGUCGACAAUUUAACAGUUUGUAUUAAGGACACUAAGCUGAAUUUAUUCGUUACGGGGUUUUCUGCGAAAGGUAUAUUAUGCAUAAAAACGAAGUGAUAGGUAAGUCUAAUCAUUUUUUUCUAUUUUAUUUUUCCUGUAUGAAGCAUAAUUCAUCGCUUAAUGAUAAAUAGUCGUUUAAAAUGCAGCUGAAGCCCAAGUAUACUAUGAAGAUGCAAAAUAAAUAAUUUUAUGCAGUA